UCCAUUUCAUUUCAGCUUGCCCCACUCAACGCCACAGCAGUACAGUUUUUUAAGCAUGAAAUAAUGUAGGUGCCUGACUGCAUUAGUAAGUGUGUAGGUUCUAAAAGAUGGGCAGCAGUGUGGAACAGAGCUGUUUCUGUGUCACUCUGAGCUUCCUGAAGGACACUGAGGAAGACUCUGAGCUGCAAGUGUCCACACGGAGACAGCAUCAGGAUCUCACACUGAAGAUCAACAGAGAGAUGGAGGACAUCACCGUUACAGUAGAGGACAGUGAUGGAGUCUGUGUCUUUAAGUUCUCCAUUAUGAGGGAGACAGAGUGCUGUCGAGUGGGAACUCAGUGCUUCCUUGUAACUGUGGGUUGUGUGAGCAUCCUACUGCAGUUCAAGACACGGACAGAGUUUCAGACCUUCCAUGGAACGAUAAGGGCAUGGAUUGACAGAGGAAGAGAGCUGUCGGUGUUCGACCAGAGGACAGAGAACUCAUCUGCCCUCCAGUACUUCCAGUUUUAUGGCUGUCUUUCGCAGCAGCAGAACAUGCUUCAAGAUUACCUGAGAACAGCCACAUACCAAAAAGCCAUCUUACUGAAUGACAUUGACUUCCGAGAUAAAGUGGUGCUCGAUGUUGGCUGUGGAACAGGGAUUUUGUCUUUUUUUGCCAUCCAGGCUGGAGCUAGGAAAGUGUAUGCAGUGGAGGCCAGUUCCGUGGCCAAAUAUGCAGAAGUACUAGUGAGGAGUAAUGGAUUGGCGGACCGAAUCAUUGUGCUUGCUGGGAAGAUCGAGGAGGUGUCCUGCCCUGAGAAAGUGGACAUCAUCAUCUCGGAACCCAUUGGCUACAUGCUUCUCAAUGAGAGGAUGCUGGAGAGUUAUUUACACUCCAAAAAAUGGUUGAAGCCCAAAGGUAUGAUGUUCCCCACCUUCAGUGAUAUCCAUCUGGCUCCAUUUACAGAUGAGCAGCUUUAUUUAGAGCACCAUGCACGCUCCAACUUCUGGCUCCAGACCUCUUUCUACGGGGUAAACCUGAGUGGACUCCAUCCUGCAGCCAUGGAUGAGUUCUUCAGACAGCCGAUUGUGGAUACGUUUGAUACCCAGAUUCUGAUGGCCAGGUCUGUAAAACACAGCAUUAACUUUAUGGAAGCAAAAGAAGAAGACUUGCACAGGAUGGAAAUUCCCUUUGUCUUCAAACUCAUGCAGUCAGGACUAGUUCAUGGACUUGCGUUCUGGUUUGAUGUGGCGUUUGUAGGAUCAAGGACAACAGUGUGGCUGUCCACUGCGCCACAUGAGCCACUGUCCCACUGGUACCAGGUCCGAUGUCUCCUACAGACUCCUCUGUUUGCCAAAAUAGGCCAGACACUCUCUGGACAGGUUCUACUGAUUGCUAACAAGAGGCAGAGCUAUGACAUUCAUAUCACAGCUGUAAUUGAUGAGUCUGGCUUUAAAUCUGGCAACACAUUGGACCUUAAAAACCCCUUCUUCCGGUAUGCUUGAAUCGUCAUUUGUUGCUGGGAUUUUCAAUCUGCUCUGAAAUCCUUACUCAGUUCCCUAGAAAUAGCCCCUGCAAGCUCAGAUAAUCAGUUACAAUGCACGUUUUACUACACUUAAGAGUGUGUUGUGAAGUCUGUAUCCUGCAAAAUUGUUUUUGUGCAACUUGAGUACAAAUAAAAUACAAUUAUUUGUCAUACAGAA